CUUUCCUUCCUCAAACAUGGUCAGAACAUCACGAAAGCUUGGGAACUAUGACAGUUGGGAAGCCGUUACCCACCCAAGUUCUUUGCUGGGGUGUAUUUGAAGGGGAAUUUGGCACGUCAUCAUCUUCCUUCAACCAGACACUCAGCUCGAUCAUCGAAUUCAUCACACUGGUUUUCCCAUAGUCUCAGGACGCGCUUUUUUCAACUCCUGGAGAGUUCCUCUGCUUGAAUUUCUUUCAAACAGAAAUCGCCACCUUUCCACCAACAGAGCCCCCUUCAAGCAGCUAUUGGAAGUUCGAUGUCUUGAAUCGCUGCUACCCUGAGAGCCUGAGACAGUCCAAAGAUGCGCCUACUCAAGACCGACACGUUUGAACUCGUCGAGUUUGUGGGCGAAGAGUUCCCAAAAUAUGCCAUCUUGUCGCACACAUGGGAAGGAAAAGAGGUCAAGCACGCGUGCCGCAAGGCACAGGAGGACGAGUUCGAAUUCAUUUGGAUCGAUACCUGCUGUAUCGACAAAUCCAGCAGUGCCGAGUUGCAGGAGGCCAUCAAUUCCAUGUUCGCGUGGUAUCGGAAGUCAGCCAUCUGCUAUGCUUUCCUCUCCGACAUCCAGAGGCCCAGUGGAUCCAUUGACCCAUCAAGUUUCGAUAUCACCUGUUCGCGCUGGUUCACAAGAGGCUGGACCUUGCAGGAGUUGUUGGCCCCUGACUUUCUGUAUUUCUACGAUGCCUCCUGGGAGCUAUUAGGCUCGCGCAGUGGUUGGGCAGAGAGUAUUUCGAAAGCAACCACAAUUCCGGUCGAUUGCCUAGCUGGCCCAGAGAAAAGCAUCGAAGACAAGCUUCAGCAAACCACUGUGGCUGCAAGGAUGUCUUGGGCCGCGAACAGACAAACUACCAGAGUCGAGGACGAGGCGUACUGCCUGCUCGGGCUGUUCGAUAUCAAUAUGCCUAUGCUUUACGGAGAGGGUAACAAGGCUUUCAUGCGACUGCAACAGGAGAUCAUGAAAACAUCUGAUGAUGCUACCAUUCUCGCCUGGGGUCUUAAAAGAGACAGCCAAGGCCUGUCACUCGACUUUGGCAUCAGCCAGCGGGGUCUGAUGUUGGAUGGCCUCUUUGGAUUUGACACACGUUAUUGUCUCCAAUAUCUCUUUCUUCCGUGCACUGACGCCCAUGACAAUAUCUUGGCUCUUCCAAUGCUUUCCCUGUUGAGCAUUUAUCGUUCUCAAUCCUACCGUGAUAGAAGCCUUGCGAACACUCUUUGUGUACCUCUAUCAACGGCGCCUGCAGGCAGAAUCUCGACAUAUUAUCGUGAUUAUUUGUCAAUAAAACAGGGAAAAUACUACCUCGGUGCUAAUUAUAACACCCUGGCACUACCAUCAAUGUCAUUGUCUGAUCAGUUCUUCAACAGCCGAACUUUGGAAUUGAGCUUCCGGAAACAGCCACCGUGGCCCAGGCACGAGGAUUCAGAAUUCAGUCUGGAGACAGUGUAUCCUGCCCUGUCAAGACAACCAUUUCGGUUCGUCGCCGAUAUAAAUGUGACGGCCCCCGUAGCCUCAAACGUCGACGUUUUUCCUGACGACAAUCCUUGGGCCCAUUCAUGGACUUCUCACGCCUUUCAGUCAUCCGAGCUCCCCUCACACAGUCUAGUAUUUAUCUUGAACAUCACUGGUAAGAGGAUACUGCUGGUAUUGGGUACGUGGAGUGGCGGGGAGGCCCCUAGGUCUCUGGCUUGCCAUACUGCGAUUUUGGGUGCAAAAGAGUUGCUGAGACCUACACUGACCGAUCUCACUUCACUUUCGACAAAAUUUUCUUCAAGAGAAAACCUACCCACACCUAUAGUUUUCCUCCACGUACCUAUAGUCCCCCAAGGUUAG